CUGGUUGUCUUUCUAAAAAGGACUUACAUGAAACCACGUUAUUAGAGUUAAUCAGAAAUUAACAGCCCCCCACAAAAGUUACACGUUUUUUGUCUUAUUUUGGACUAAACUCAUGACGUCUAUACACUUUGUGGUUCACCCGUUGCCCGGGACCGAGGACCAGCUCAAUGACAGGCUCCGUGAAGUGUCAGAAAAACUCAACAAAUACAACUGCAACAGUCAUCCACACCUAAAUCUGUUGGAGCAGGCCACACUUAAACAAUGUGUGGUUGGACCAAACCAUGCUGGUUUUCUCCUUGAGGAUGGACGCAUCUGUAGGAUUGGCUUUGCCGUGCAGCCAGAUCGGCUAGAGCUUGGCAAACCAGAUGGAAGUGAUGGUUCAAAGUUGAGCAGUGGUUCAGGGGCAGGAAGGACCUCCAGGCCAGGCAGGACUAGUGAUCCGCCCUGGUUCCUGUCUGGUUCUGACACACUGGGCAGACUCGCAGGCAACACCCUUGGGAGUCGCUGGAGUUCAGGAGUUAACGGUGCUGGGAGUGGUGGUGGUGGAGGAGGAAGUGGAGGAGGAGGCACAAGCGGAAGUAGCGGAGGUGGCGGGGGCGGGGGAGGCGGCGGCGGGGGCGGAGGAGGUGGCGGUUCCUCGGGCAGGUCCUCCACGGCGGCGCGGGACUCCCGCAGACAGACGCGGGUUAUCCGUACCGGCAGAGACAGAGGCUCCGGGCUCCUGGGCAGCCAGCCUCAGCCUGUCAUCCCAGCGUCAGUCAUCCCCGAGGAGCUGAUAUCUCAGGCCCAGGUGGUUUUGCAAGGGAAAUCCCGAAGUGUAAUCAUCCGUGAACUUCAGCGCACAAAUCUUGACGUGAACCUGGCUGUCAACAACUUGCUAAGCAGAGAUGAUGAGGACGGGGACGAUGGUGAUGACACUGCGAGUGAGUCCUACUUACCCGGAGAAGACCUGAUGUCUCUGCUGGAUGCGGACAUCCACUCUGCCCACCCCAGUGUCAUCAUUGACGCUGAUGCCAUGUUCUCUGAAGACAUCAGCUACUUCGGUUACCCAUCUUUCCGCCGCUCCUCCCUGUCACGCCUGGGCUCCUCACGAGUUCUCCUUCUGCCCUUAGAGCGUGACUCCGAGCUGUUGCGUGAGAGGGAGUCUGUGUUGAGGUUGCGUGAGAGGAGGUGGCUUGACGGCGCCUCCUUUGACGCCGAGCGUGGUUCCACCAGCCGUGAGGGCGAGCCCAGCCUGGACAAAAAGAAUGUCCCCCUGCAAAGCCCUGUCUCUCUCGGAGAAGAACUGCAGUGGUGGCCUGACAAGGAUGGCACACGGUUUGUGAGUAUUGGAGCACUGUACUCUGAGCUUGUAGCAGUGAGCUCCAAGGGAGAACUGUACCAGUGGAAAUGGAGUGAACCAGAACCCUACAGAAAUCCACAGAAUCCUUCCAUCCACCACCCUCGUGUGUCCUUCCUUGGCUUAACCAAUGAGAAGAUCACCCUCUUGUCUGCUAACAGUAUCCGAGCCACAGUGGCUACAGAGAGCAACAAGGUGGCGACAUGGGUGGAUGACACACUGAGCACAGUGGCGUCUAAACUGGAACACGGAGCCCAGACCUUCCCAGAGCUGCAGGGCGAGCGUAUAGUCUCCCUACACUGUUGUGCCCUCUACACAUGUGCCCAGCUGGAGAACAGCCUUUACUGGUGGGGUGUUGUGCCUUUUAGUCAACGAAAAAAGAUGCUUGAAAAGGCUCGGGCCAAGAACAAGAAGCCAAAGUCCAGUGCAGGCAUCUCCUCUAUACCCAACAUUACUGUAGGAACUCAGGUUUGCCUGAGGAAUAACCCGCUUUACCACGCCGGCGCAGUUGCCUUCUCCGUCAGCGCUGGUAUCCCCAAAGUAGGUGUGUUGCUUGAAUCUGUGUGGAAUAUGAAUGACAGCUGCCGUUUCCAGCUGCGCUCCCCAGAGAGCCUGAAGAAUAUGGAGAAGAGCACCAAGACCCAGGAGACAAAAACGGAAAGCAAACCAGAGCUGGUGAAGACUGAGAUGGGCCCGCCUCCAUCGCCAGCUUCGACUUGUAGUGACACAUCCUCCAUCGCAAGCAGUGCCUCUCUUCCCUACAAGCGAAGGCGCUCUACUCCAGCUCCUAAAGAAGAGGAGAAAGUGAACGAGGAGCAGUGGCCUCUGCGAGAGGUCGUAUUCGUGGAGGAUGUUAAAAAUGUCCCUGUGGGAAAGGUGCUAAAAGUCGAUGGUGCAUAUGUUGCUGUGAAAUUUCCAGGGACGUCGAGCAGCGUGAGCAGCCAGAGUGCAGCUCCCACUGACUCUGACCCGUCCUCACUGUUACAAGACUGUAGACUCCUCCGAAUAGAUGAGCUACAGGUUGUUAAAACUGGUGGAACUCCAAAAGUUCCAGACUGUUUUCAACGCACACCUAAAAAACUUUGUAUCCCAGAAAAAGCUGAAAUUCUAGCUGUUAAUGUUGACUCCAAAGGAGUUCAUGCAGUGCUGAAGACAGGUAGUUGGGUUAGGUACUGUAUCUUUGACUUGGCCACUGGCAAAGCUGAGCAAGAGAAUCAUUUCCCCACCAGCAACCUGGCCUUUCUCGGUCAGAGUGAGUGUAAUGUCGCCAUAUUCACUGCUGGCCAGGAGAGCCCCAUCAUCCUGAGGGAUGGGAAUGGCACCAUUUACCCCAUGGCCAAAGACUGCAUGGGCGGAAUACGAGAUCCUGAUUGGCUGGACCUGCCGCCCAUCGCCAGCCUGGGCAUGGGAGUUCACUCUCUCAUCAAUCUUCCCAGCAACUCCACCAUCAAAAAGAAAGCUGCUAUCAUUAUCAUGGCUGUGGAGAAGCAGACGCUGAUGCAGCAUGUGCUGCGCUGUGAUUACGAGGCGUGCCGUCAGUAUUUGGUGAGCCUGGAGCAAGCCAUGCUGCUGGAACAGAACCCUCAUGCGCUCGACGCCCUGCUGAGCCAUCGAUGCGAUGGCAAUCGCAACCUCCUCCAUGCCUGCGUGUCUGUCUGCUUUCCUGUCAGCAACAAGGAGACCAAGGAGGAAGAAGAAGCUGAGAGGUCAGAGAGGAACACUUUUGCAGAGAGACUGUCUGCAGUGGAGGCCAUUGCCAAUGCCAUCUCUGUGGUCUCCAGCAACAGUUCUGGGAACAGGACAGGAUCUUCCAGCAGCCGAGGUUUGCGUCUCAGAGAGAUGAUGAGACGAUCGCUUCGUGCUGCGGGCCUUGGCCGCCACGAAUCUGGCCCCUCUUCCAGCGAUCACCAGGAUCCCGUUUCUCCGCCGAUCGCGCCUCCAAGCUGGGUCCCAGACCCUCCUCCCAUGGAUCCAGACGGUGAUAUUGAUUUCAUCUUGGCCCCCGCCGUAGGCUCACUCACCACAGCUUCCACAGGCACCAGCCAGGGGCCCAGCACCUCCACCAUCCCAGGCCCGUCCACCGAGCCAUCGGUCGUGGAGUCUAAAGACCGCAAAACCAACGCUCAUCUGAUCCUCAAGCUGAUGUGUGACAGCGUGGUCCUGCGACCACACUUACGAGAACUCCUCUCCGCCAAGGAUGCUCGUGGAAUGACCCCAUUCAUGCUGGCAGUGAGUGGGAGAGCUUACCCAGCUGCCAUCACCGUUCUGGAAGCCGCCCAGAAAAUAGCUAAGGGUGAGUCGGGUAUCGGAGAAAAGGAGGAUUCAGACUCUGUCUUUAUGGAGAUGAUCUGUCCGCCUGGCACCAAUCCGGAUGAUUCCCCUCUUUACGUCCUCUGCUGUAAUGACACCUGCAGCUUCACCUGGACCGGUGCAGAGCACAUCAACCAGGACAUUUUUGAGUGCAGAACUUGCGGCCUGCUGGAGUCUCUGUGUUGCUGCACUGAGUGUGCCAGGGUAUGCCAUAAAGGCCAUGACUGCAAACUGAAGAGAACCUCUCCCACGGCUUACUGCGACUGCUGGGAGAAGUGUAAGUGUAAAACGCUUAUUGCCGGACAGAAGGCGGCUCGUCUGGACCUCCUCUACAGACUGCUCACCUCCACAAACCUGGUUACUACCCCCAACAGCAGGGGAGAGCACAUCCUGCUGUUUCUUGUUCAGACUGUUGCUAGGCAGAGCGUGGAACACUGCCAGUACCGCCCGCCGCGAAUAAGGGAAGACAGGAACCGAAAGGCUGCGAAUGCAGAAGACUCAGACAUGCCGGAUCAUGACCUUGAGCCUCCACGCUUUGCCCAGCUGGCCUUGGAGCGUGUGCUGCAGGACUGGAACGCCCUCAAAUCCAUGAUCAUGUUUGGCUCCCAGGAAAACAAAGAUCCACUGAGUGCCAGCAGCAGGAUCGCUCAUCUCCUGCCUGAGGAACAAAUGUAUCUUAAUCAGCAGAGUGGCACCAUCAGACUGGACUGUUUCACUCAUUGCCUCAUCGUCAAAUGUGCCCCAGACAUAACAUUUAUUGACACUCUGCUGGGCACUCUGGUGAAGGAGCUGCAGAACAAGUACACUCCUGGCCGUAGAGAGGAGGCAAUCAGUGUGACCAGGAGGUUCCUGCGUUCUGUGGCCAGAGUGUUUGUCAUCCUCAGUGUGGAGAUGGCCUCGUCCAAGAAGAAAAAUAACUUCAUUCCUCAGCCGAUCGGGAAAUGCCGGCGUGUGUUCCAGGCUCUGCUCCCCUAUGCGGUCGAGGAGCUGUGCAACGUGGCAGAGUCGCUCAUCGUGCCCGUGCGCAUGGGCAUCGCGCGGCCCACGGCACCUUUCACUCUGGCCAGCACCAGCAUCGACGCCGUGCAGGGCAGCGAGGAGCUUUUCUCUGUGGAGCCUCUGCCCCCGCGGCCCUCGCCAGACCAGUCCAGCAGCUCCAGUCAAACCACCUCCUCCUACAUCAUCAGGAAUCCCCAGCCUCGCCACAGCAGCCAAUCCCAGACGGUCCGAGGACGAGACGAGGAACACGAUGACAUCGUGUCUGCAGACGUUGAAGAGGUGGAAGUGGUGGAGGGUGUUGCUGGGGAGGAAGAUCACCAUGACGACCAGGAGGAGCAGGGAGAAGAGAAUGCAGAAGCCGAGGGGCAACAUGAUGAACAUGAUGAAGAUGGCAGUGACAUGGAACUGGAUCUCUUAGCUGCAGCAGAGACAGAAAGUGACAGCGAGAGUAACCAUAGCAACCAGGACAAUGCCAGCGGACGUCGAAGCGUUGUCACCGCAGCCACCGCUGGAUCUGAAGCAGGUGCCAGCAGUGUCCCUGCCUUCUUUUCAGAGGACGACUCUCAGUCCAACGACUCGAGUGACUCAGACAGCAGUAGCAGCCAGAGUGACGACGUAGACCAGGAGACCUUCCUAUACGACGAGCCCCUGGAGAGGACCACAGGGGCCGCCCAUGCCAACAGUGCCGCCCAGGCCCCGCGCUCCAUGCAGUGGGCCGUACGCACCACACCCAGUCAGCGUUCUGCUGGAGGAACGCCCUCCAGUUCCUCUACGCCUGCAGCGAGUUCAACAGGCCUCAUCUAUAUUGACCCGUCCAACCUGAGACGUAGCAGUGCCAUCAGCACCAGUGCAGCUGCAGCAGCUGCGGCCCUGGAAGCCAGUAACUCCAGCAGCUACCUGACUUCUGCCAGCAGUCUGGCCCGUGCCUACAGCAUCGUCAUCCGUCAGAUUUCCGACCUCAUGAGCCUCAUCCCCAAAUACAACCACCUGGUCUACUCCCAGUACCCGGCUGCAGUCAAACUCACAUACCAGGAUGCAGUCAACCUGCAGAAUUUUGUGGAGGAGAAGCUAAUCCCAACCUGGAACUGGAUGGUGUCCAUCAUGGACUCCACAGAGGCGCAGCUGCGCUAUGGCUCAGCACUGUCCUCUGCAGGUGACCCUGGUCACCCCAGCCACCCUCUCCACGCCUCCCAGCACGCUGGCCGCAGAGAACGCAUGACCGCCCGCGAAGAAGCCAAUUACCGUAACCUAGAGGGCCGCAGGUACGCCACAACCACAGCAAGGCGUGCUGCCACCCUGCUCACGGCUCGGCAGGGUAUGAUGUCAGCGCGCGGUGAUUUCCUGAACUACGCCCUGUCUCUGAUGCGCUCACACAAUGACGAGCACUCGGACGUCCUGCCCGUGCUGGACGUGUGUUCUCUCAAACACGUGGCCUACGUCUUCCAGGCUCUCAUCUAUUGGAUCAAGGCCAUGAACCAGCAGACCACGCUGGACACCCCACAGAUUGACAGGAAGAGGAAUCGAGAGAUUCUAGAACUGGGUCUGGACAACGAGGAUUCAGAACAUGAGAACGACGAGGACACCAAUCAGAGCUCCACUUUACAGGACAAAGAUGAGGAGACGGUCCCAGCCGAAACAGGCCAGCACCACCCUUUCUUCCGCCGCUCGGACUCCAUGACCUUCCUUGGCUGUAUCCCCCCCAACCCGUUUGAGGUGCCUCUGGCCGAGGCCAUCCCAUUGGCAGACCAGCCACAUCUCUUACAGCCAAAUGCACGAAAGGAGGAUCUGUUUGGACGGCCAAGUCAUGGCCUCUACUCUUCAUCGUACAUGGCAAGCAAAGGCUUGUCUGACCUGAUAGUGGACAGGAACUGCCUAGAGAUUUUACCCACUAAGAUGUCCUACUCAGCAAACAUGAAGAACGUUAUGAGUAUGGAGUCUCGCCAGAGGGGCGGUGAAGAACAGCCAGUGGCAGAACAGGAAAUGGACACCUCCAAGCCAGGCCCCUCCCCCCAUGAUCUGGCCGCCCAAUUAAAGAGCAGCCUUCUCGCCGAGAUCGGUCUAACUGAGAGCGACGGCCCACCUCUGCCCACCUUCAUUCCCCAUUGUAGUUUCAUGGGCAUGGUGAUCUCUCACGACAUGCUGCUGGGACGCUGGAGGCUCUCUCUGGAACUCUUCGGCAGAGUCUUUAUGGAGGAUGUGGGAGCAGAACCUGGAUCUAUUCUGACGGAGCUGGGAGGCUUUGAGGUGAAGGAGUCCAAGUUCCGUCGGGAGAUGGAGAAGCUCCGGAACCUGCAGUCGCGGGAUCUGGCCCUGGAGGUGGACCGCGACCGCGACCAGCUCAUCCAGCAGACCAUGCGGCAGCUCAACACUCACUUCGGCCGACGCUGCACCACCACGCCCAUGGCCGUGCACCGCGUCAAGGUUACCUUCAAAGACGAACCAGGCGAAGGCAGCGGCGUAGCGCGCAGCUUUUACACGGCCAUCGCCCAAGCCUUUCUCUCCAACGAAAAACUGCCCAACCUGGACUGCGUACAGAGCGUCAGCAAGGGCAUGCAGGCCAGCAACCUCAUGCAGCGUCUGAGGAACAGAGACAGAGAGAGAGAAAGGAGAAGCGGAGGAUUGAGAGCUGGAUCCCGUCGUGACAGAGACAGGGAUUCGAGAAGACAGCUGUCCAUUGACACGAGGCCUUUCAGGCCUGCAUCAGAAGGGAACCCAAGCGACGAGCCCGACCCUUUACCUGCCCACAGACAGGCCUUAGGAGAGCGGCUCUACCCCCGCGUGCACGCCAUGCAACCGGCUUUUGCCAGUAAAAUCACAGGAAUGCUGCUAGAGCUCUCCCCAGCUCAACUGCUACUGCUCCUGGCCAGUGAGGAUUCACUGCGAGCCCGAGUGGAAGAGGCUAUGGAGCUCCUUAUUGCACAUGGAAGGGAAAAUGUUGCAGAUAGUAUACUGGACCUUGGUCUCCUUGAUACUCCUGAGAAAGCACAGCAGGAGAAUCGUAAGAGGCACGGCUCCACCCGCAGCGUGGUGGACAUGGAGCUGGACGACCCUGAUGAUGGAGAAGAUAACGCCCCUCUGUUCUACCAGCCUGGUAAGAGAGGCUUCUACUCCCCACGGCCAGGCAAAAACACAGAGGCCAGGCUCAACUGCUUCCGCAACAUCGGCAGGAUACUUGGGCUAUGUCUGCUGCAGAAUGAACUUUGCCCAAUCACUCUGAAUAGACAUGUCAUCAAGGUUUUGCUUGGUAGAAAGGUGAAUUGGCAUGACUUUGCUUUCUUUGACCCGGUCAUGUACGAGAGCUUGCGGCAGCUGAUUCGCCACUCUCAGGCCGGCGAGGCAGAUGCUGUUUUUGCUGCCAUGGAUCUGGCUUUUGCCAUUGAUCUGUGCAAAGAAGAGGGGGCUGGACAGGUGGAGCUCCUGUCUGGGGGAGUGAACAUGCCUGUCACGCCCCUGAACGUAUAUGAGUAUGUGAGAAAGUACGCUGAGCACAGAAUGCUGGUGGUGGCUGAACAACCUCUACAUGCAAUGAGGAAGGGGCUCCUUGAUGUGCUUCCGAAGAACGCCCUGGAGGAUUUAACAGCGGAGGACUUCAGACUGCUGUUAAACGGCUGCGGAGAGGUCAACGUGCAGAUGCUCAUCAGCUUCACCUCUUUCAAUGAUGAGUCAGGAGAAAAUGCAGAGAAGCUUUUGCAGUUCAAACGCUGGUUUUGGUCCAUCGUCGAGAAGAUGAGUAUGACUGAGAGACAGGAUCUGGUGUAUUUCUGGACCUCCAGUCCAUCUCUGCCAGCCAGCGAGGAGGGAUUCCAGCCCAUGCCCUCAAUCACCAUUCGCCCACCAGACGACCAACACCUGCCCACCGCCAACACGUGCAUCUCUCGCCUUUAUGUGCCACUCUACUCCUCCAAACAGAUUCUCAAACAGAAACUUUUACUAGCCAUCAAGACCAAGAAUUUCGGUUUUGUGUAGAGGUUGACAAACAUGUUUACUGUUGUGUAAUAUUACUAGUUCCAUUUUUGUAGAUUUAUUUUUUUUGUCUAUACAAUUUUAUGAAAUUUAAAAACAAACAAACAAACAAACAAAUGCUGCCGCAUCCCACAUGGCAGUACGUUUUUUGUCUGCGUUAUGAACACAGACA